AUGCCCCGUUCGGAUCUCUUUCCUGAAUUGGCUGUCAAGUCUCAGUCCAAGCCGAUCCACGCGCUACGUUCUAAAGAUGGAUACUCCAGCUCGCAGGAGAUAAAUGGCUUGGUUAGUGACAAUCUACACAAUUCAUCGGAUGCACAGAUUGCGAAAUUGGUCAACCUCAAAUUCAACAGCAAUGCCUUCGCCUUGAUCAGACAACUAUCGCAGGAUUUGUCUGCGAAAGAGACGGAGCUAAUUCUUCUUCGCGAGGAGAAGAGCCGGAGAGAGAACGAACUUCUUCGUCUCUGUAAUGAGUUUGGUAACUUAUCUUAUGUAGAAGUAGACCGGCGUUUGAAUGCUCUUAAACCGGAAAAAAAUGUGCACAAGGUCGUAUCUGCCAUGGUGCUGGAUGCCAUGGCAAUUUCAGAUAGCCAAGGAUCAAAUGAGCGCCUUCCGAAAGACGUUCAACGUCCAAAACCACAGAGUAGAAACAAAAGGACCGCUCUGAGGCGUACACAACAACCAUUCCACAAGGAAGAGAAAAGUGCUUCUACUCAGAACCGUAAGAGCUUGGCAGAAGCUACAGACAUAAGAUCUUCGGUUGGACUGCCCGUGUCUCCAAAUUUGCACGAUACACAAAACCCAAAAGAAGAGCCGAUUUGGCCUCGGUGGCUACAUUGGCUCAAUCAAUCGGAGGAAAGUGUUGAUUUGCCAAACAAAUCUACUGACAUCCAGAACAAAUCUUCCAUCGAGAACUCACGCAAUAAGAGUGUCGUAGAGCUAGAGAGUAUGGGUGACAGUUUUAGCCCAAUUCUUACCUCGACGAUUUUCGACGCUGACAAGUUCGGAUUUGUCAAUGACAAACCACUACAGAAUCUCAAGUGUAAGACAUCUAGUCUCCAGGACAUGCCGAGUCCCGUAGAAAGUCCAGUUUCCAUUUCAAAGUCAGCCACGGAAAUAAAUCUCACACUGGCAAACGUAGAGAACUCUGAAAGCGGAAAAGCUCUGACCACUCUCGCCCUCUCACAGAGUCUCGAUAAACUCAAACUCCUAAACGAGCAAUACCUCGCUACCAGCGAAAUGCAUUUGAAACAAUGGGAUAUCUUGAUGAGGCAGGCCCAGACUUCAGGAAGCCCAAAGUCAGACCAGGAUGUUAGUUUAGGAACUUUCGGACUCAAAGCUCAAAAUUUGAAGAAACAGGGGUCUUCUCUUCGGAAGAUGUUUGGUCAUGAGGAUGAACUGAGUGACGAUUCUAAAUCUUUCAAAUUUCUACAGCGGCUCAUUUAUGAGAGCGGUAUUCCUCCCAAGCACCGCAAUUAUCUAUGGUUUGAAUUAUCUGGCGCAAAGAACCGAGCAAUCGCUGGUGAAUAUCAACGUCUACUAGCAAAUAGUCAAGGGACAUCAGAUCCUACGUUGAUUGAGAGUAUCGACCAAAUCAAGCUAGAUUUGCACCGGACUUUGCCAUCAAACAUUUACUUCAACAAUCAAAAAACAAACGGGCCAGGUCCUCAGUUCGCAGCACUCAAAAAUAUACUUAUGGCAUUUGCAGCAUAUGAGCCCAAUAUCGGAUAUUGUCAAGGAAUGAAUAAGCUAUUGGGUAAUGUCAUGUUAGGCGUGAAUGAAAGUCACUCCCACGGAGGAAGCAAAGUGAGCGAAGAAAAUUUGUUCUGGCUCUAUGUCUCAAUUGUGGAGGACAUUUUGCCAUGCUACUCAGAGCUCAAUUUUUUCCACCCCAAGGCCAUGAUGCUUCUACGGGAAGACUCGCUGAUUUUACGCCAAUACCUCAACAAGCUCAUGCCUCAACUUGGAAAGCAUCUAGAAAGUUUGGGUGUAGAAUUAGAGCUUGUGGUGAUUAGCUGGUGGAUUGGAGUCUUUACCGAGGCAGUCUCGUCUAUUGACUUAUGGCUCAAACUUCUAGACGGUCUACUUAUCGCAGACAAUCCAAGAAUCAAAUUCCACGCAUAUACCCUCGCAGCAUUUUACUUCUAUCAAAGAGCAUUGUGUGGUUUCAAGGAAAGAGACUCCAUAUAUGGCUUCAUCAAUCUUCUCAAAACGGGAAACGGACCCAACAUCAAAUCAAAUGAGUUUAUGUCGAUUGCAGCAUCAUUUGAAAAGCAGAUUCAUACAAUCGAGCUUAAAAGUCCCUCUUGA